AUGAUACAAACGGGCUUAAUUCAGAAAGCUCACAGUGACCUGGUCACUGACGCGUCGUACGAUUACUAUGGACUUCGUUUAGCAACGUGUGGACUUGAUCAAAGAAUAAAGAUAUGGCAAUUGGACGGGGAAAAUGGGUCAUGGAGUGUAGAAGAUGACUGGAAGGCCCACGAUGCCGCGGUAUCAAAAGUGAGCUGGGCGCAUCCGGAAUUCGGACCAAUCAUAGCGUCGUCCUCGUUUGACCGCACUGUAAAAAUAUGGGAGCAAGCGACUGUUGUGAACGAACCUCAAGAGGUCAACGGAGCUACGUCCACUCAACCAUCGUCCUCGAGGUGGGUGGAAAGAGCUGUACUUCUGGAUGCUCGAGGGACUGUGAGAGCAGUAGAGUUUGCACCGCACCAUUUCGGACUCAAACUUGCAACAAUAUCGACUGACAACUUCCUACGUAUCUACGAGUGUCUCGAACAACCCUCCCUUACCACUUGGCAACUUUCGGAAGAAGUGGAUGUCCUCUCGAUACCUACCUCAACAUACUCUUCCUAUCAUUCUCGUGCACACAGUGUAGCGCUUGCAACGCCUACUCAAACACAUGCACCUCUCGAUGGUGCUCCAGCAUCGCUCGUAGCACAGGCGCUCCUGCAACAACAAACACCAGCUCCGUCAAGACCAGGUUUAGGCAGUCGUGAAGCCGAUGGUGGGUGGUGUAUAUCUUGGUGUAAAGAACGAUAUUGGGGGGAAAUUAUUGCUGCUGGAUGUGGUGUCAAUGGCUUAAUCAAGAUAAUACAACUGUCUCCUUCCCGACGUCCUACAACACUCUUAGUCCUGGAUCCCAAUGCACCACCAACGCCUCUGGCUGUACCUGCACUCCCUUCCACUAAGGAGAGUGGUGGUAGUCCAUCUGGAUCACCCUUGCAGGUUCAAGAUUCGGAGCAACCUACGCCCCAUUCCAUCAUUUCGGUCUCUUGGGCACCGUCCUGCGGCCGCUCUUACCAUCUGGUCGCUACAGGAAGUCGUGACGGUCGAGUACGAAUCUGGAAGGUCAAACCGGCGAUUGACCGUGAUGACCUCGAUGAAAUGGAGGAGGCCGAUGCGCAAGAUGAAGUUGGCUGGACAGCAACCCUGGUGGCUGAUCAUGAUGAUCACAAGUCUUCGGUGGGGAGGGUGGAUUGGAAUGUAACUGGGACUGUUCUCUCAUCUGCAGGGAAUGACGGGCGAAUAAGAUUAUGGAAGGCGACUAUUGGUGGAACCAUCUGGCGGCCCGCUGGCACCAUCGGGGUCGAGCAAAAAUCAGAGGCCGACCACAACGGUCGCUCAGAAGAUGUUGAUAUGCAGUGA